AUGUCUCGCAGCCAGCAGCGGGGUGGCGAGGGGGGAACGAGCACGAGUGGACCGCCGCCAGCAUCGAGCAGCCGGUACCAUCGGUCCUCGAUACGAUCACAGAAGGGACCGGGCCUAGGCUCGUCAUCGACUCGAGUGCAAGUAGUUGGAGAACGCGGAUAUGAUUCGGAGAUACCCAGAGAACUUGGGGGCCUGCCCUCUCUGGCUGCUGGUUACCACACCGAGGGCCAGCCGUCUACUACCACCACCACCAAGCGCGCCUCCAAAGAGCUCCUCCGCAACGUCGUCGAUCCCCGCCGCAACGGCAGACUCUCCAGCAUGCCAUCGCAGCAUCCGCACCCCCAUCUUCGACACGACAUGCCAGACGACCAGCUCGCCAGCAGCACCCGCCGUGUCCGCAGAGACAAGGACAGAGACAGCCGCCGUCACCGCGAACGGGACCCCGUAGAGAACCAGGUCCCGCCGUCCGUAUGGAUGAACCAGAUCCAGGCCACCGCCGCAGACCCCAAGCGAGCACGCAGGACAUCCGGCUCACGCACCCGCCACGAAGAGCCCCAGCAGCACGACCCCAGAGCAUUCCCGCUCCCCCCAAAUCAAGAACAUCACCGACAUCCUCAUUAUCAGUCUCCGCCGUAUCCCUAUCCACAUCACCCCCGAAAUGGCAAUCCUCCUCCGACCCAUGACUUUUACCGCCCCAACGAUCCCGGCCCUGAAUACGUCCCCACCACUCCACAGCCAACAAUCCGCGAUACCAUACAACCCCCGGCUGCCCCUUUUACUACUCCUGCCCCUGCUCCCCUUUUGCCCCUCCCCCGGACCAAGGAAGAGCUCCUCAGGUCCGAAGGAAUCUCCCAAGGCUCCCCGUUUACCGGACACCGCCGCCAUCGUUCGGGGCGAGGCGAAGACUUUGCAGCUGGCAGCGGAGCAUUUGCCGAUGCCACCAACCAUACACGCCCCUCGCUCAGGCACCAAACCUCUCGCUCAGAAGACCUGCGCAAACUUGGUCAAGGCCUGCCCCAGCUCGAAUCCGAGGACCAUCUUGCUCACCAAUUGGCCCGACCUGUUCACGUCGGACGCUCCGCCUCGGAAAAUGUCGUUCCUCAGGUCCCCCAGCUCGCCACCCCGGGCAUGUACAAUGCAGGACUGGCCGUUACUCCGGGUACGUCCAAAGGACUCAACAUGACCCCGCAGCUCCAGGAAUCCUUUGCAGAAUCGGCUAAUGCCAGUCGUGCGCCCGUAAAUGCUGCCAUGGCCAGCGCCGCUAUUGCCAAUGUCAGCACAGAUUCAGACUCGGCAAGGGGCGAGCGAGACAAGAAGCGACGCACACGAAGGUCUAAGCAAGUCGAUGCUGCUGAUUUGCAAGCCCUCUUACCGAAAGAUCCUACCCCACCACCCGUCGUUCAGCCCCCAUUCAGGAGACAAAGAACCGUAUCUGGACGUAGCAUCACUGCCCAGCCUACGCCCCCGCCACCCGCACUCCCGACUGAACCGGAACGGGACCCCGCAGAUGAUAUGGUUGUGUAUCACCGGACCCCCGAACCGGCCAUGAUCGAUCCGGCCCGUGCGCCUCCCCUCGUGGUCCGCCCCGACGCCUUUCGGGUGGCCGGAGACUCACUCCCGCAAGGGCUGGCCAUAUUCGCUUCCCGCCCGGAAAUGACAUCCUCUGGGAUUGCGCCGCUUGCAGGCCUACGCACCGAGAUGACACAAGUCCCAGGUCCUCGUGGUGAUAUGACCAACGAAAUCUCGCGUGGGGCCGAGACCUUGCGCGCCGGCGAGCCCGUCUCCUCUGUCCCCGCGUUAUUGCCCGCAGCACGGCGCGCGUCGAUUCUCGACGAGGAGCGAUCGAGAAAGUAUUCGGCUGCUGGGACCGAGGGCGGUGUUUCUGCCGGCGGGACCGGCUCGCAGGCCGUCUGGGGCGACCGAGGAGCAGAGACGUCCGGUGGUCCGAGCCGACGACGUGCCGCCUCCCCAUCAUCAUCAUCACCAGCACCAGCACCGACGCUCGUCGCCCAACCACGCGCGCAAGAGCACCGGUCUGCGCGGGACGCCAUGUCGAUGCGCGAGGCUGUGUCCCCCAUGUCGAAUUACCAGUCGAUCGCGCCGUCGGUGCGGAGCGAGGUUCGGGACGUGAGGGGUGCGAUGAUCGGGAGCGAUGUUGGAUAUAGAGACGCGAGGAGUCCGGAUCCUGGGGCUAUGAUGGGUCAAUCGGGCUCAAAGGGUACCGCGACGGGAUAUCGGGCGGGACUCGCAAACGUCAUUUCUCCCGCAAUUCCCAAGGAUCGUGCGCUUCCUCGAGCUGGGCAGGUUCCCGCCACGCCCAUGACCGCAUCCAAGACCUUUGAGCCUGAGAUUCCGACUCGACCUCGUGUUCCCUCGAACAACAUGCUUGGUUCUUCGCCGCCCGAUCUCCUUGCGCAGCGUGCGACUGUCGAUGCGCAUACGCCUGUUCCUGUUGUCCCUGUCGUCGAUGAAGAAGGGAGGCUUCGCGGUCCGCUUGGUCCCACUGUUGGUGCUGGUGCUGGUGCUGCGUCGACGAUGCCUGCCAGGCCGACUCGAAUGUCAUUUACCGCCCAGCGCCCGGCUCCCCAAACGGCCACCCCGGUUACGUCUCCUCCCCAGACCCACGCUCAGGCUCAGCCGGCUGCAGAGGCUAGUGCGGUCCCCAAGAACGUUCAACAGCAGACCCACGGAAUCGAUGGUUCGAAAGAGUCGUUGGUCGAGACGCUCGGUAGCGCUAAAGCGUCCAAGAGUAAAGGGUGGCUGAGAGGAUGGAAGUCGUCUAACCAGAAGCCUCCUUCGCCUACUCCGCCACCUGGACCUCCUCCCGCACCUUCUGCUUCUGCUUCUUCCGCUCAACCUCGUCAGCGACUUCUCAGUGGGCUCAUGGGUUCCGGGGCGUCCAAGCACAAGCAAAAGCCUUCUGAAUCUAGACCAGCCCAGGAGAAAGAGUCUCGUAUGCAGAGGGUCAUUACGUCCAUUAGAGGCGGACUGGGCCGAAAACCAUCGUCGUCCAAGCUGGGCCAUUUCUCGUCCAAGUCGAUGUCUCGUCUGCCAGCCACGGUACCUGCGCCGCCCGUCGGUGCCUCCCUUGUUCGGUCGGCGAGUACCAAUGCGAACGGGAGGGAAGGAGGGGUGUGGCCCAUGUCGCCUCGUUCCAAAGCCCCGGCUCUGCCUGCUGAACCUCCUGCUCCUGCACCUAUUCCCGCUCCUUCGGUUGCCCCGCCCGCGAAUCCUUCGCCUACGCCUACGCCCGCACCGGUCGCGCCGGCCAUUACGGUCCCGAUCUUAGCCAUCCCGAACUCUGCUACUCCCGCUGCUGUUGUCCCCGCUGCCCCCAAGCCACGUCCCACCGAACCUGAAAAGAGGCCUGUUACAAAGGAUGUUCCUAUUAUCGACAAGUCCCGCGUGCCCAUCUUGAACGGUGCUCCGCCUGCACCCACUACGGCCAAGGCGAGGGCGUACCUUGAUUCCAACGGCCGACCUAUCGAGACACCGCGUGCCGAAAAGCGCUCGAGCGCUCAACCUGCUCCUCCUUCCCUAUCUAACCCACAGCGUCCCAAUUCGCCCCCGUUGGUCAAUCGUCCUGUGGGACGCAUCCCUGUAGCGCAGACCAAGAUAUUCACCAACGACGCGCCGAACCGUUCAGUGGCGCAUCCUCCCACCGCCCCUGGUGCUGCCCCCGUUCCUACCACACCUCACGGAUCGCACCGAACGUUGACCGCAGCGGGCCCCGGAUUUCUUCGUCGCGCGAGAGGGUCCCAGAACCCGGUUUAUGCCACUGACCCCGCGCCUCCGCAUGGCGAAGCUGGGGAUCUUGGGUUGCCGACUCCUGAUGAGACGCCUCGUGCUUCGCCUACUGGUGAGAAUACCUUUGAGGACCGCGCGGUUGCGUUGAAAGAGGAGCAGCGGGAGCGGGAGCGCCGUCCGUCCCAGGAAGAUCCCAAUCGCCGGCGCCAUCGUUCGAAUAAUAUCGUUAUCCCCAGCAAGUACCCCGGCGGCCUCAACCCACACGAGUUGACUCACCGGCUGCAAGUGGAUGUCGAUGCGUACGCACACGGCGGUGUUCUCAAGUUUGGCCAUCGCGAGAAACGGGCUAUUUCAGUGGCUAGCGUGGAAGCCGUGUCUGGUCAAGAGGGCCAUUUCCAGUCCGAGACGUCUUCGAUCCGGUCUUCGACCCCUGGAGCUCAUCAGCUUGCGUUUCCCCAUCGGGACCCCGCCGAAGCGACGCAAAGUUGGGCGAAGCACCAGACGGAAGAGGACGAGAGGGCCGGGGCCGGAGUUGGCGCUCGAGUUGGCCGUUCUGGGAGAGACAGGCGAGAUGGGCGCAAGGUCUCGGGCGUGUUGAAGCGUGAUCGGGGCGGUGUCCGCAAGCCGGGCGUUGCGUUUGAUUUCCCAUCGGGCCCUAUUAUCGAGACGGAUGAGGAUCCACAGGACGCGAGGCAGCAGGCGGAUAUUAAUCUGACUUACGAGUUGGAGAGGAGGCAUAAGCGGUACAAGUAA